CCGUACGAUCAGUGUACGCACUGAGCGGUUGGUUUGCGGUCGAUCGUGUUAUCGGCGUCAUCGCGUUUGUUAUUGGUCAACAUUUUGACGAAAUUUAAACUAUGGAGUUUGAUACAAAACAGUUUAUUAUUGAAAUCCAGAAACGUCAAUCAAUUUGGAACACGAAGCGCUCAGAUUAUUCUGACAGAAAUAUAAAACAAAGAAAAUGGGAAGAAGUGGCCAAUAUUUAUGGUGCUGAAUUAUCAGCGGACGAAAAGGAAAAACUCUGCGUGACUCUUCAGAAGAAAUGGCGGAAUAUACGUGAUUGUUUUGUAAAGGCUCAUAAAGCAAUGACGACUAAAAGCGGUUCUGCGGCGAAAAAAAAAUGCCCCUAUGUUUUCUACAACAGCCUUUUAUUUUUAAAAGAUACGGUAUCAGUUAAUUCAAAGACUAAAAAUAUUACUUCCAACACAAAAAUAAAAGAUGAAGAUGAAAUGAUAGAAGGUCAACAUACAGUUGCUCGUCCUUCAUCCUCAAUCUCGCGGAGAUCAAAACAUAAUGAAAAAAAUCAAAAUUAUGACAUUGGUAAAGAGCUAAUAGGGAUUUUAAAUAAAAAUGUAAAAAAGAAAAAUGUUGAAGACGACGAAGAUCGUCUUUUUUUUAUGUCUCUGGUAAAAGACUUUAAAAAAAUACCCGAACACUUGCGCAUGCAAACCAAAUUGGACGUUUUAAAGGUAAUUCAAGAUGCUCAGAUGUCAAAUUAUCCAAAUACAUGAGAUUAGUAAUUAGCAGGGCUCGAGACUUAUAGCACUUAAAUUAAGCAUUAAAAUAAGCACUUAAAAACAUCAUUAUAUACACUAAAAUAAGUAUUUAAA